UAUGGAGUCUAUUAAAGCUAAGUUUGAAGCCAAGUCUAAGUCAAAGAAGACCCAGAUUAAACUCAUGCUGUCAGCAUUGAAGAGAAGAGCUUAUAGGAAAAGCAAGUUUGUCAAGGUUAAUAGAAGAAAUAAGCUGAAUAUCUGAGAUUUUAAGAGCCUUGCUUUCUCAAUCAAGAGAAAGAAGGUUGCUCGAAAUAGAAGAAAUCGAGGUUGAUUCUCACAAAAUCAAACUUCAAGAAGAACAAGGAUUAUAAAUAACAAGGAAAUUAGUAAAUUCAGAAUGGGACCAAAGAGCCCUAUUCCUACAACAACUCGUAGAAUGCAGCUUAAACCAUUUAACUCAGACAUGGGCCAUCAGAAUGAGAGAUACGUUACCAUAAUAAAGAAGGCUCAAAAGGCCUUCAGAAAUAGUUCCAGAGGGCUUGAGUCACCCAAAAUUCUUCAGAAAUUCCUAUCUACUCAAGAAUCUUUCAACUCACAAGGCAAGCUUUUAGACUUUUUAUAUUUUGCCUUUAUUUUCUAAAACUUAUGUAUCAGAGUAGUAACCAGAGCUUUACCUCCCAAUGUGAAGAAGACAACAGAUCUCUGGAUGAAGCUAAAAACUAUGAGACUGGGCAGUUUAAUAGGCUUAGAA